GUGGACAGCAUUUGAGAGUUGUGCUAUACGUCACUAGUACUAACAGAACAGAAAAAAAGCAUUACUCUGUCUAUAUGUAGCCAUUCUUCCACGUUUGUGUGAGGGCUAGCUUGCGUGACUAUUACCGUAGUUGUGUGACGGCCUUUCUUUUCUUUCUGGAAUGUUACUUUACUGAUGCCAAGUGGGUGUAUGAAUGCUCCACUAAGAACAAUGCUCAAUUCAGUACAUUCCUGCAAAUAUUCCAAGAGUCAAGUAAGUAUUAGCGUGAACUGGAGUUCAUCUUCACAGUGUAGCAUUAAAACUGAUGUUUUCCUAUGCAUAUGGUUAAGUCAAGGCACCCUAGUCCACCUAACACGCUGCAGCUGAUGGUGGGCUGUAGUUUCCAUAGCCCUGGUUAGUAUGGCCUAUGAUGAGGGGUGAUCACAUCCAACAACAUUUGGAAAACCACCCUUUGCCUAUUCUUGAAUUGAAGGAAACAUGAGCAGCAGGUGGUGGAGAAGACUUGUAUCCAAAACUCUGAACCAAGGAUUCACCAAAAUGUAGCCCAAUUUAUGACAUAGGGAAUGGCAAAACGUGGUCCUCCACAUGACAUUGUACUGCAUAAGACUAGUUGAUGUUGGUAUUUUUACAUAAUCUAAUCCAAGAAUAAAUAAUGGGACUUUCCAUGAUGUGGUGCAAUGGUGACAUAAUACUGAUAAGACUUUGAAUAGAAACAUUAAAGGUGGCAUAACUACUUAUGUUAGACAUGAUUUUUUCCAUUCAGAUCCAGGUUCCACCUAUAGACCUUUUCUUUCACUCCCCCUUGAGAAAACACACAUCAGACUAACUAUUAUAACUCAAACAAGUGAAAGAUAAAGCAAGUUAGAUAGGUUAUUUUUUUAAGAUAACUGAAUGCAUGAUGAUAAGAAACAGUAUGGACCUCUGCCUCUAACAUAUGGGGUUAACGCUAACCCACAUUCCAGAGAUAAAGGAGCUCUAAGAAGAACCUCAGAGUGAAGUUUUAUUUACCCAGAGAUAAGGUCCUGAUCUGUGAAUGUGGCAUUUCUGAAAGUGGGUGGAGGAAACAGCAUCAUGUAGGGUAUAAAAGUAGCAGCCCUGGUACAUGAAAACCCACAUGGUAUUCUAAAACCAAGCUGCAGAACCUAAAGAAUUCAGAAGCUGCACCUAAGAAAAGAGCACCAUGAAGUGGCUAAUCCUUGCUAUGGUGUGCCUUCACCUUUGUGAAGGUGCAGUUAUCAAAGUUCCCCUGAAAAAAUUCAAGUCCAUGCGAGAGGUUAUGAAGGAGAAGGGUGUCCUGGAUGAAUUCUUAAAGAACAAUAAAUUUGACCCAGCAAGCAAGUACUUUAAUGAAUUCGCCUCUGGCUACGAACCCCUGUCUAACUACAUGGAUAUGUCCUACUAUGGCGAGAUCAGCAUUGGAACCCCACCACAGAACUUCUUGGUUCUCUUUGACACUGGGUCAUCCAACCUCUGGGUGGCUUCAGUAUACUGCCAGAGUGAAGCCUGCACAAACCAUCCACUGUACAACCCGAACCAGUCUUCUACUUACUCCACCAACGAUCAAAGCUUCUCUCUGCAAUAUGGAACUGGAAGUCUCACUGGGAUCUUUGGUUAUGACACUGUAACUAUCCAAGGCAUUUCCAUUACCAGUCAGGAAUUCGGCUUGAGUGAAACUGAACCUGGCACUAACUUUGUCUAUGCCCAAUUUGAUGGCAUCUUGGGUAUGGCUUAUCCUGCCAUCUCUUCUGGUGGUGCCACCACUGUGCUGCAGGGACUGCAACAGGAAAACCUUCUUGAUGCUCCUGUUUUUGGCUUCUAUUUGAGCGGCAAUGAGGGUUCCCAGGGUGGUGAACUUGCCUUGGGAGGAGUUGAUACCAACUUGUACUCUGGUCAGAUUGUCUGGACUCCAGUCACUCAAGAAGCUUACUGGCAAAUUGGGAUUCAAAGCUUCUAUAUUGGCAACCAGAUCACUGACUGGUGCAGUCAGGGAUGCCAGGCAAUUGUCGAUACUGGAACGUCCCUCCUCACUGCUCCACAGCAGGUCUUUGGCGAACUGAUGCAAUAUGUUGGAGCAGAGCAGGACGGCAAUGGGCAGUAUGUUGUCAGCUGCAGCAACAUUCAGAGCAUGCCUACUAUUACAUUUGUCAUUGGUGGAAGCAGCUUCCCCCUGAGUCCCUCUGCUUAUGUCUUGGAGAACAACAAUGGCUACUGCACAGUUGGCAUUAUGCCCACAUACCUGCCAUCCCAGAAUGGGCAACCCUUGUGGAUCCUUGGUGAUGUCUUCCUCAGGUCAUACUACUCUGUAUACGAUUUUGGCAACAACCAGGUUGGCUUUGCAGCAGCAGCAUAAACUCAUCCAGCAUCCUUACGAGCCUCUUCAAGCCUCUUCAUUCUUCCUCUUUCCGAUGCUUCUGUUUGCUACACAUUAAGUCCACCACUUACUCAUUCAUUUCCCUUUCUAAGAACUUGGAUGUUUUUCUUCUGCAGCAUUUGAAAUACCUCCUGUGAAAAAUCCAUAACAUGAUUGUUGGCUUUCUCUCCAAAGUUACUGCAAACAAAUAAAAUAAUUAAACAAA